AUGUUGUACGCCCGCGACAUAGUCUCAGUCAUUGAACUGAUCUUCUAUAUCCCCACUGCCAUCCUUGCUUUAUUUGUCUGCUUCCGGCAUGGUUUUAAUCGUUCGUCGGGUUGGAUCUAUACGCUCAUUCUCUGCACCGUCCGCAUCGCUGGCGCAAUAUGCCAGUUUAUAUCGCACAACAACCACUCCACGGGCUUAAUCACAGCCACAAUAGUCAUUGACUCCAUUGGCCUCACGCCAUUAAUUGUAUAUGUCGUCAACGCAAAAACCACAACACUGUCCACUACCAAACACUUCCGCAUCGUACUGCUCCUCAUUACAGUCGGACUCAUCCUCAGUAUCGUCGGCGGUACAACUGGAAACUACCAAUCUGAUGGCACCCAAGAAAUUCCUACAACGAGCAAAGUAGGCGUCAUCUUAUUUAUCAUCGCGUUCGCCGGUAUCGUCAUCGGUUUCCUUACUUCCGUCAAAGAGAUUUCCGUGGUGCCAAAGAAAGAGCGCAGAGUCCCAGUUGCCAUCGCCUUCGCACUGCCACUGGUUCUAGUUCGACUGGUAUACUCGGCGUGCGUGGUGUUUGGUCACAAUCAUCUAUUCAACCUCAUUACAGGAAGUGUGGCGGUGCUUGUAAUGAUGUCGGUUAUUGAGGAGUUCUUGGUGGUUGCGAUAUAUAUCUGCCUAGGUUUCUUGUUGGAUACGUUGGACAAGGGUACACAGAGAUCGAGAGUAGGGUGGGAAAGCAACAGGGACCAAGGUGGGAUGAGUGAGGCGCAGAGGCUCAACCGGGAGGAGUACCAAAUGGUGCAACCUCCCUCGCCAGUGCGGUCCCAUGGUGCGUUUAGGUAA